AUUUGCCUGGCUCAUUCUGAAACAAGACAGAGAAUUGAAAUUGAUGCUACAGGGAAGUAAAAGAUAUGGUGAUUCAUUCACUGAUAAGCAAAGACUAGCCUGCUCCAGCAAAGGAUGUCUGAAUGUUGCAGAAGAUUUGAUCCUUCUGAUUAGAACACAGCAAGAGCUGUUGGAACUGGAUGGACGCCUUGAUGAUGAUUCCUUUCAUGAAUUACUCAUUUGCAAGUCAAAAGCCUCUCCUGUGUGGGUAGAACGAAUGCAAAGGAUUGUGCGAAAAAAUCAUGCGCGACUCCUGACCAACAAGGUUGCUCGGAACUAUAACUGGAAAGGACAAAAGGGAGAGAUGUGUGCUUUCAAGGGACUGAAGGUGCAGGCCAUGAUCUACAAAGCUGUACGGAAGAACCGUGGGUGUAUGGAGGCUUCCGAUAAAGUUAGUGCAGGAGCAUCACAGAGUGGAGACCAAUGCUUCAGCAGACAGUGCUGUUUCUACCUGUCGUCGUCCUUCCCGCCGAGCUGCCAUCCGCAUCAGAGAGCGACGACUCCUCUCUCAGUGACAGAGAAGUCUAGAGAUAUACACGUAAUGUCUACGAUGACUGCAAUGCCACCUACAGCCGCCGAAUGCCAGUACUGGUCACAUAGCCAUUCGCUUCCAACGGCAACAGCAGGCAGUCCUGACAGUCCUUGUCACUGGCUGUCUCACGCUCAAGAGCUGUCUCCCACAUAUAACACUUCUGUGCUUUUGCCUCCUUUUACUCCUCUACACUGGCAGUAUGCCUAAUUUUUGCUGCAUAAGGAACAUCAGGCUUAUCACCAAGCCACUCUUGACCCUAAUUGGGACGCUUGCUGAUAUUUAGCAACAAUGUCUCAUAUUUGAGAUAUCUAAUAAUUACCUAUAAGAAGGUUUUAGUAUGUUAAAAUGAAGGCAUGUGGAUCUGAUAGUGUUCUAAGUGCAUUUUUCAUAAAGCCGCUUUACCAGACAUACAUGAACUUUUAAUUGUUCAGCCUUAUUUUACGCUAUGGAAAUUCUCAUAUUAUUAAUUAAUUGGAAUGAUAUGUCCCUUGUAGAAGGUAGAGAUGAUAAUGUGCAUGUUGUU